AUGUCGCACCUAGACCCUUUCUUCAAGCAGGUUGACAGCCUGCAAGACCACUUCAUUGAGAGGCUGCGGGAGGCCGUCGCCAUUCCCAGUAUCAGUUCUGAGGAUGAGAGGAGGCCAGACGUUGUCAAGAUGGGCCACUGGCUCGCAGACCAGAUCAAGGCCCUCGGUGGCACCGUCGAGCUCCGUGAACUCGGUAAGCAGCCCGGCCGUGAGCACCUCGAUCUGCCUCCCUGCCUGCUCGGCCGCUACGGCGACGACCCCAAGAAACCCAACGUUCUCGUCUACGGCCACUACGAUGUACAGCCCGCCCAGUUGUCAGACGGCUGGUCCACCGACCCGUUCACGCUGAGCAUCGACGACAAGGAUCGCAUGUAUGGACGCGGCGCCACCGACGACAAGGGCCCUGUGCUGGGCUGGCUCAACGCCAUCGAGGCUCACCAGAAGGCGGGCGUGGAACUCCCAGUCAACCUGAUCAUGUGCUUUGAGGGUAUGGAGGAGAAUGGCUCCGAGGGCUUGGACGAGACCAUUCGCGCCGAAGCAAAGAAGUUUUUCAAGGACGCCGACGUCGUGUGCAUCUCAGACAACUACUGGCUAGGCACCGAGAAGCCUUGCCUGACCUACGGCGUCCGCGGAUGCAACUACUACGCUCUCGAGAUCUCCGGUCCUGGCCAGGACCUCCACUCCGGUGUCUACGGUGGCUUGACCCACGAGCCCAUGACCGACUUGGUCCGCAUCAUGAACUCCCUCGUCGACCCAGAUGGCAAGAUCCUUAUCGAAGGCAUCCAAGACCUUGUAGCACCCCUCACCGAUGCCGAGGCCGCUCUCUACCCUCCCAUUGCGUUCACCAUGGACGACCUACACCAGUCGCUCGGCAGCACCGUCUCGAUCUACGAUAACAAGGAGGACUCGCUCAAGGCCAAGAUGCGAUACCCUUCGCUCUCCCUCCACGGUAUCGAGGGUGCCUUCUAUACCCCCGGUGCCAAGACUGUCAUCCCAGCGAAGGUCAUCGGCAAGUUCUCUAUCCGCACAGUGCCAAACAUGGAAAUCGACGCAGUCACGCAGCUCGUUGAGAAGCACGUCAACGCAGAAUUCAAGAAGCUCAAGUCCAAGAACACAUUCAAGUUCCACAUUGUGCAUUGCGGAAAGUGGUGGGUCGAGGACCCGAACCACCCCAACUACACCGCUGCGGCCAAGGCCGUCGAGCGCGUGUUUGGCGUCAAGCCCGACAUGACCAGGGAAGGUGGUAGUAUCCCCGUCACCUUGACCUUCCAGGAAGAGUUAGGCAAGAACGUCCUGCUGCUGCCUAUGGGUAGCUCGACUGACGCCGCACACUCUAUCAACGAGAAGCUCGACAAGCGGAACUACAUUGAGGGAACCAAGCUUCUCGGCGCGUACUUACACUACGUCGCUGGUGAGCUGAAGGGUAAUUAG